AUGUCCAGUACCGACCAAAUCUCGCCCCUCCCCCCAGUCACCCGGCACAUCACCACCCACAAUGAAGCAGGCAAAGCCGUCGUCCACUCAUCCACCCCAGCCCAAUGGCGCACCUUCGACAAAAGCGCCAUGGCCUUCAGCCUAAUGUACACAACCUCCCAAUUCCCCGCAAACUUGAACGACGACGCCGACCUUGCGGCGCACGAAGACCUCCUCCAAAACAAAACCCUAGGCCUAGUCAACCCGAACGGCACCGUGUGCCGCGUGGUUGACUUUGCGCCGGGGAAUCCCUGCGUGGUGCAUCGGACGCAGAGUCUGGAUUAUGGGAUUGUGUUGGAGGGGCAGAUUGAGAUGGUUUUGGAGGAGGGGGAGCCUACUUUGAUGAAGAGGGGGGAUAUUGCGGUGCAGAGGGCUACGAUGCAUGGGUGGCGGAAUCCGAGUGAGACGGAGUGGGCUAGGAUGGUGUUUGUUCUGCAGGAUAUUCAGCCGUUGGUUGUUGGUGGGGAGAAGUUGAAGGAGGAUUUGGGGAUUGGGAAGGGGGUUUUGGAUCCUAGUGGGAAUGAUCAGUGA